AUGUCAGAGGUUUGGCUUUGUCUAAAGAAAUCACUUCCUUGCAAACCUGAUUCAUCAGAGGUUCAUGAUCCAAAGGCAAAUAAGCACCAUAGAAGAAAAAACAACAAAGACAAGAAUGAUUUUUCAAAUGUCAAAGAUUGUACAAAAUCACAAGCUAACAGUAUCAUGCUUAACCCUGUUUGUGUUACUCAUGAAAUUGUUAUUGAUAGAAAAAGUGGUGAGAUUAAAAUUUGUCCAUGUUAUCCUUGUUCUCAAAGCAUUGAAGAUGGAAAAGGUGUUGAAGGUUCUUCUAAUAGAUCCAUGCCUUCAACAAAAACAUAUUGUGUUGAUUGUGAAUGUGGUAUUUUCUCAAAGCCCAAGGUGAAAGUGGUGAAAGAUUCUAGAAAUGGUAAUUUUCCAACAAUAACUUGUCCUCGUGAAUUUGGUGAGAAAAGUAAUUCUCUUGACACUAUUGAAGAAGAACAUGAUAUCUCUGAGCAUUCAGUGAUCAAACUUCAAAGACAAGAAUCAUCAUGGCAAAUCAUAAAAAAAAUAUGUGAAGCUAGCAAUGUGAACGGUGAAAGAAAGGCAAUAGAAAUUGAAUGUGUCUUGAAAGUCCAAAACACACAAGAGACAUUUGCAUGCUUUGAGGAUUGUAGAGAAAUGAUAAAGAUUAAUGUUGAAAAGCUACAAAUUAAUCACCUGAGAUGCUUAGUUGAUGGAAAUGAAAUGUUAAGGUUUCAUGGUACAACAAUUGCAUGCUCCCUUGGUGUAAACGACUUUUCUACUCUAUGCACUUUAGACCAUUGUGGUCUAUGCCAAAUUUUAAGGCAUGGUUUCACUGCCAAGGAAGGAUUCAAAGAUAAUAUUGGUGUUUUCACAACUUCUACAUGUGAAAAAGCUAUUAAUUCCAUUAGCUUUACCAAUAAACCACCACCAAUGAGAAAAUGUGUUAUGGUGUGUAGGGUGAUAGCUGGGAGAAUCAACAAUCCUUUGCAAGAGAUUCAAGAAAUGAAUGAUUCAAGGUAUGAUUCUUUGGUUAAAAAAAUAAGCUGUCAAUCAGAUAUUGAAGAGCUGAUUGUUUUGAAUCCUAGAGCUGUUCUCCCCUGCGUUGUUGUGAUCUACGGAUUUUGA